AUGUCUGACUUUCAAAAGGAAAAGGUUGAAGAACAAGAACAACAACAACAACAAAUCAUCAAGAUUAGAAUCACUUUGACCUCCACCAAGGUUAAGCAAUUGGAAAACGUUUCUUCCAACAUUGUCAAGAACGCUGAACAACAUAACUUGGUCAAGAAGGGUCCAGUCAGACUACCAACCAAGGUUUUGAAGAUCUCCACCAGAAAGACUCCAAAUGGUGAAGGUUCCAAAACUUGGGAAACCUACGAAAUGAGAAUCCACAAGAGAUACAUCGACUUGGAAGCUCCUGUUCAAAUCGUUAAGAGAAUCACUCAAAUUACCAUUGAACCUGGUGUGGAUGUCGAAGUUGUUGUUGCUUCCAACUAA